AUGGCAGCAAGUCGAAUGCAGCGGUGGGCCAUUAUUUUAUCAGCUUACGAUUACAAGGUGGAGUAUGUAAAAACCACUGACAACAGCGCCGACGGACUGUCGCGCCUCCCCGCAAGGUCUUGUCCGGUUAAUAAGGAUUGUGAGAGAAGUUUACCAGAGCAAACUUUUUUACAUUUUGCACAAGACGCUUUAUUAUUAAAUAACAUAGAAAUUCGGAAACAAACUAGUAAGGAUAUAAUUUUAGGACGAGUUCUAAGUUAUAUUAGGGAUGGCUGGCCGGAUAGUUGUGAGGUAACGGGGCUGCAACCGUUUUAUAACAGGCGAUCAGAGCUUUACGAGGAGCUGGGGUGCGUCAUGUGGGGGCAUAGGGUCGUCAUCCCAGGGUCGUGUAGGGAUAGCGUAUUGUGGACUAUACAUGAACCGCACAUGGGCAUCGUCAAAUCCAAGGCCCUAGCCCGCAGCUACGUGUGGUGGCCCGGAGUGGACGAGGCCGUGGAGGCGACAUGCCGCGCGUGCAGCACGUGCGCCGCGCAUUCGGACUCACCACCGCACCAGGCGCCGCGCUCCUGGCCGUGGCCGGCCCGUCCCUGGUCUAGAAUCCACAUAGACUUCCUAGGACCCAUUUUCGGAAAAACAUAUUUGGUCAUUGUGGAUGCCACGUCUAAAUGGAUUGAAAUAUUCCAUGUGCCGAGUACCGCAAGCCGUACGACUAUUAGUAAACUAAGAGAACUCUGGAGUAGGUUUGGUAUUCCAAAACAGGUAGUUUCGGAUAACGGGCCUCCUUUCUCAGGACAAGAUUUUGGUUUGUUUCUGCGCGAGGGGGGAGUAGAACAUCUCCCGACGGCCCCCUAUCAUCCUUCGUCGAAUGGAGCGGCAGAAAAUGCUGUCAGGACACUAAAAAGGGUGAUUAAGAAAGCAGUUACGGAGGGAAAGGACACAGAAUUGGCAUUAAAUACGUUUUUACUAUAUUAUAGGAAUACGGAACAUUUAACUACAGGGGAAACGCCGAGUAUGUUGCUAAUGGGCAGGAGGCUUCGUACUCAUUUAGACGCAUUAAAACCGGAUAGGGACACGAAAGUAAUUAAGUCACAAAAAUGCCAAAUAGAUAACGCAGGGGGCACCGACCGAGUUAUACGGCCGGGAGAUGAGGUGUGGUAUAGGCAGUUUUUAAAAGCAGAGAAGUGGGCUCCGGGGGUAGUGGUUAAAGCAAACGGGACCACCGACUUCCAAGUUAUAGGUGAACAGGGCAUACAGCAACAUAGACACGCUGACCAACUAAAGCGCAGGUCCCAGGGUUCGUUUGUGGUUCCGAUGGAUCCUAAGCACGGUCGACAGUCACAAGUAAAUACAAAUGUUAGUGAGGUGUGCAUUCAGUCGGAGCUGGCAGCGGUAGAUUCGAGCCCCGGCCACACAUCCGGGGUUGACAGUCCAGCUCGGCGCCAGUCGCGCUCCACAACACCGACUACACCGACUACCGAGACGCACCCACCUGCUGUGCCACCCCGCCCCGAACAAAGGCCUAUAAGGCAGUGUCGAAUCCGCAAAAUACCUAACUAUAAGUGUUAA